AUGACCACACUCCACGAAAUGACUGCUUCUUCAAUACUAUUUGAAGACUACCUGGCGACAACACCUUCCCCUGCCGCCGCCGCCACCGCUCCUUCCGACGAUGCGGAACUGGAUCCCAACUCCAGCCUGGCCCGCGCCCGCAAAGUCUUCGGGCCCCUCCGUGCCGACACGAACGAACGCAAGGAGGCAAUCGCAAAGAAGAGUACGAUGAUCGCCGGAAUCCUAGUCCCGCCGCGGCCGGAGGAGCCCGAAAAUUGCUGCAUGUCGGGAUGUGUCAAUUGCGUAUGGGAGGAGUACCGGGAGGACUUUGAGGAGUGGAGCGCCAAGCGGAAGGAGAGCGAGAUGAACCUUCAACAGGCUCGGAGUCUGGACAGUGGGAUCGGCGGCGAUGAGGACGGAUUGGGCAGUCAGGCAGCUUUGAGCGAGGAUGACAUGUUUGCGGACAUUCCUGUGGGCAUUCGGGAGUUUAUGAAGAUUGAGAAGAAGUUGAAGCAAAGACAUAGAUCGGAAUCGACAACAAAUGGAUGA